UCCUCUUCCCCUGCAACCCUGCACUGCAAGAAGCCAAAGCGAAAGAAAAAGUGAGACCUCAUCUCUUUCAGCUAAGCUCGCAAUGGAGCUCCCAUGGGGUGCCCUGCUGCUGGCGCUGCUCACCGUCUCCGCCUCCUCCGCCGUCGCCACGCUCGCCGUCACCGCUCCCCCUCCGGCCCCUGCCCGUGCUCCUGCCCCCGUCACCGCCCCUGCCCCGGCCCAUGCAUCUCCUCAAGCUCAGGACGCUGAAGGUCUGCUGAUGAACGGCAACUUCGAGAUGGCGCCGAGGAAGGUGAACAAGACCCUCAUCGUGGGCCGCCACUCGCUGCCGGGGUGGACGCUGCGGGGCCACGUCGAGUACGUGUCGGCGGGGCCGCAGCCGGGCGGCAUGUUCUUCGCGGUGCCGCACGGCGUGCACGCGCUCCGCCUCGGCAGCCACGCGUCGGCGUCGCAGAACGUGUCCGUGCGCCCCGGCUCGCUCUACGCGCUCACCUUCGCCGCCACCCGCACCUGCGCGCAGGACGAGGCCCUGCGCAUCGCCGUCUCCCCGUCGCUCUCCGCCCCCGCCGACGUCGCCGUCCGCACCCUCUACAGCGCCGACACCGCCGACACCUGGGCCUGGGGCUUCCGCGCCUCCUCCCCUGUCGCGGAGGUCACCUUCAGCAACCCCGGCGUGCAGGAGGACGCCGCGUGCGGCCCGCUCAUCGACGCCGUCGCCAUCAAGGAGCUCCCCACGCCCUACCCCACCAAAGAUAACCUGAUCAAGAACGACGGCUUCGAGAUCGGGCCGCAGGUGUUCAAGAACUCGAGCGUUGGCGUGCUGCUGCCGCCGAAGCAGAAGGACGUGACGUCGCCGCUGCCGGGCUGGAUCAUCGAGUCGCUCAAGGCGGUGCGGUACAUCGACGCCGCCCACUUCUCGGUGCCGGCGGGGCAGUACGCGGUGGAGCUGGUGGCGGGGCGGGAGAGCGCCAUCGCGCAGGUCAUCCGCACCGUGCCCAACCGCGCCUACAACCUCUCCUACGUCGUCGGCGACGCCAAGAACGGCUGCCACGGCUCCAUGCUCGUGGAGGCCUUCGCCGCCAACGUCACGCAGAAGGUGCCGUUCCAGUCCACGGGCAAGGGCGGGUUCAAGGCGGCGAGCCUCAGGUUCGUGGCCGCCGGAGUCCGCACCAGGGUCACCUUCUACAGCUCCUACUACCACACCAAGGUCACCGACGGCGUCUCGCUCUGCGGCCCCGUGCUCGACCAGGUCAAGAUCAUGCCGCUCAAGCUCUAGUCGUCCAUCGGAGUAGACCAGAAGCUCAGAUCAAUCCUGUCGCGUUGAUUCGGCAUCGUCCUCUCGUCUACUAUGUAGUAGUAGUGGGUAUGUAAUUUGUGACAUUGAUGGACCUCUCUCUAAUCGUGUACCAGCGUGGUGGAAUGAAUUGCCUGUGCUGUGCGUGAA